GUGCGAGGGAGGGCAGAGAAGAAAGCCAGCAGUUCGGGGGGCGGUCACCACUCCAACCGGACUCGCCCGGCACGGUGCAGUGCAGAGCGUGGAGCUAGGAGGGAGCUGCGACUGGCUGCACGAAGGAUGUUCCAGAAUGAAACGCCAUAGAAAUCUCAGCAGCAGUGAAAGUUCAGAUGAGAGUCCUUCCACUUCCUUUACCUCAGGCUCAAUGUAUAGGAGCAAGUCAAAAAUUCAAAAUGAACACAAGAAAUCUGCUGAGGUAUUCCGAAAGGACCUCAUCAGUGCCAUGAAAAUUUCAGAUUCUCAUUACAUUAAUCCUGACAGCUAUUACUUCUUUUCGGAUACAUGGAAAGAAGAAUGGGAAAAAGGAGUCCAGGUACCAGCAAGUCCAGAUGCUGUUCCACAGCCUACCCUCAGGAUUGUAGCCGAGAAAGUAAAGGAUGUUCUGUUUACCCGGCCCCGGAAGUAUAUCCAGUGCUCUACCUCAGAGACUGUGGAGCCUGGCUAUAUCAACAUUACGGAGCUGGCGGCAUCUAUGUGCCGCUAUGACCUAGACGACAUGGACAUCUUCUGGCUCCAGGCAUUCAAUGAGGACCUUGCUGAAAUGGGUUAUGGGGCAGUUGAUGAGAAUCUUAUGGAAAAGGCAAUAGAAGUCCUGGAACGCCACUGCCAUGAAAAUAUGAACCAUGCUAUUAAGACAGAGGAAGGGCUAGGCAUAGAGUAUGAUGAAGACGUGAUCUGUGAUGUGUGCCGGUCUCCAGACAGUGAAGAAGGGAAUGAUAUGGUGUUCUGUGAUAAGUGUAACGUCUGUGUGCAUCAGGCCUGUUAUGGCAUCCUUAAGAUCCCAGAAGGCAGCUGGCUGUGUCGCUCCUGUGUCGUGGGCAUUCAUCCACAGUGUGUGUUAUGCCCAAAGAAAGGUGGAGCUCUGAAAACCAACAAGACAGGAAAUAAAUGGGCUCAUGUCAGUUGUGCCCUGUGGAUUCCAGAGGUCAGCAUUGGUUGUCCCGAGAGGAUGGAACCAAUCACAAAGAUAUCCCACAUCCCACCCAGUCGGUGGGCCUUAGUCUGUAACUUGUGCAAGUUGAAGACAGGGGCUUGCAUUCAGUGUUCAGUGAAAAGCUGCAUCACUGCCUUCCAUGUCACCUGUGCCUUUGAGCACAACCUAGAAAUGAAGACCAUCCUAGAUGAGGGUGAUGAAGUGAAGUUCAAGUCAUUCUGCCUCAAGCACAGCGAAAACAAGCAGAAACCUGGGGAGGCCGAGUACCCUCCACCCAGGGCUGCAGAGCAGAGCCAGGCCAAAAGUGAGAAGACCGGCCUGCGGGCACAGAAACUUCGGGAGCUGGAGGAGGAGUUCUAUACCCUGGUCAAUGUGGAAGAUGUGGCCACAGAGCUGGGGCUGCCUACACUAAUUAUGGACUUUAUCUAUAAUUACUGGAAACUAAAGCGGAAAAGUAACUUUAAUAAGGCAUUACUGCCUCCGAAGGAGAAUGAAGAAAAUGGCCUUAUGCAACCAAAAGAGGAAAGUAUUCAUACUCGCAUGAGAAUGUUUAUGCAUCUACGGCAAGACCUAGAGAGGGUCCGAAAUUUGUGCUACAUGAUAGGCCGACGAGAAAAGCUGAAGCUGUCACAGACCAAAGUACAGGAACAGAUCUUCAGUUUGAAUGCCCAGCUUCUUAACGAGGAAAAUUCUGAAGGGCAUCCUUUGACAAGUGCACUAGAAAACUCAUUGUUUUACCCACCACCGAGAAUUACCAUCAAGUUAAAAAUGCCCAAAUCGGCCCCAGAAGACUGCCAAAAGAGCUCCACAGAGCCUGAUCACGGGCCUCCCUCUCCUGACAACAACUCCUCUGUUCAAAAUACAAGGAGCACGCAAGCGCCUCAGGAAUCGCUAGAAAAGAGAAUGAAAACCUAUCCCAGGUAUCCAUUAGAGAGCAAGAGUAACCGUUUGCUGGCCAGUCUUGGCCUUUCUAGGGAAGCAAGGGAUCCCAGUCCUGCUUGGAGACCUCCAUCUCCAGAGUUCUAUCAUGGGCAGUCACAGGGAAAGCCUCUGGUCCUUCAGGCUGCCCUUCAUGGGCAGUCUUCCAUUGGGAAUGGGAAAAAUCAGCCUAACUCCAAGGUUGCCAAGUCUAAUGGCCUGGAGGAUAGCUGGUCUGGGAAUAUCACCCCAAAAGAUAGCUCGAGUGAGAUGUUCUGUGGCCAGGAGUCUAUGCUCAGCUCCCACUUGGCCAGUCAGGGCAGCUUUAGAAAAUCUACCAUGGAACACUUCAGCAGGUCCUUUAAGGAGGCCACCAACAGGUGGGUGAGGACCACAGAGGGCCUCCAGUAUUGUGGGAAGCCAACCAAGAAUAUUAACCCCAGGGAGCGGCUCUGGGGCAAGCAGCUUGUCAGGCGGUCUGCAGGGAGAGCUCCAUAUCAGGAAAACGAUGGGUAUUGCCCAGAUUUGGAGCUAAGUGAUUCAGAAGUAGAAAGUGAUGGGAGUCAAGAGAAAGUCAAGGUAAGGAAAGAGAGCUCAGAUAGGGAAAAUCCUCCCCAUGACUCCAGACGGGAUUGCCACACUAAAAGCAAGACAUAUCCUCUUUCCCACAGUUCAAUGCAAAGGUGAUGAACAACUUCCAAGAAAAUAACUCCGUCUGCCUUUUCUUCAUAUAUUGUGGAGAACCUAUACACUAAAAAGAUUUCUGGCAUAUGUUGGGAGAGAGAUUGUAAUGAAAGAAAUAAAGAGUUUCCACAGUCAAUUGGCUUGCGGUUUCUGAACCAGUUUCAAGUGUAGUUUUCACAAGCACAUUUUAGGAAUUGCAGAUUGUCCAAAAGUCUCUUUUUGGCCAGAGACUAGUGAGAACAGCUGGGCCCAGAGUAUUAGUUCAGUAAAUACUUUGGGGCAGCUUUACAGUUAUAUUAACACAUUGAUGCGCGUAUGUAUUAAGAAUCCUUGUUAAUGGAUUUGCCAGAGACAUGAUUACCAGACACUAAAACUACUUAUCUUUUGAAGCUACAGCAUGUGACUCCCAGAGCUCCUAUCUAUAGGAAGUUUCUAACUCCGCUGGUAUCUGGAAACCCUCCUCAGGGAAAGACCAGGGGCCAACAUCUCAGAUACUGUCAGACUCAACUACACUCUUCCUUUGCUCUGUGCAAGGUAGAGUUCCUUUCAGAGGAUCUUAAUUUACCAAGUCAAUACUCCUAGUGCUUAUAAGUGUCCAGUGCCUGUUCCUAGACUUGCUUGUUGGGGACACACUUGUAACUAUUUCACCCAGCUAACAAGCAUAAAAAGCUAACUUGUGGAUAGUGUUUACAAAAGUACGAAAGUACUACUUCCAAGGGAAAUGCUCUGAUUCUCCCAGUGUAGGCAUUUGUGAAGGAUCCCAGAGCCUUUCCCAAAGUGAGACCAUUUCUGGGGGAUUUGUACCAGGUCAGGGUUUUUGUGUUAUUGUUUUCAAAUAAGUUUGACUUAAAUAAGUUUGGCUGACAGUUUUUGUAUACCUGCUUUAAUGUUUAUAAAAAUUUUAUUGAGGUAUAAUUAAAAUAUAAAAUGCACAGAGGUUAAGUAUUCUUACCUGCUUUAAUUUUGAAACAGAUUUUUAUUGUCAAACAGAAUUUGAAAGCAUGUGUUUAACACAUGGAUAUAAUUUAGCUUUGUACCAACUUUGAAUCCGAAGUAAUUUCCCAAACAAAAAGCUGGAGCCGUUUUUCAGAAGUUGCUUCUACCCUGUUCCCAAACUAUCUGCCUUGAUUAAUUCCUGGGAGGAAGAGAAUGAUUACAUUUGGUGAGGGGAUAAAACAUGCCUGCUUCCCAUGUAAAAAAGGGGGAAAUGUUAGAGUGUUUUAAAUGUGAAGCCAACUAUAAUUCUCUGCUCUCUUUUCUUAGCCUUAAGUUAAUAUUAUCUUUCUUCUAGUUUGGGAAAGUGUAGUGGGAAUUUUCAGACAAAAGUGGCCAUUUUCAAUUUUUUUUAAGUUUACUGGUAGAACAGCCCAGCUGCAAUAGGCACCAGUCAGUAAAGGCAGGGGCCCCUCUUCCCAUCAAUAAGGGAAAGCAGUUUCCUCUACCCACUUUUGUUCUUGUAGCCUUGUUAAUGGCUUUCUUUGCUUUUGUUUUUGCCUCCUUUUCUGGAAACUUCUGUAUUUUGCGUCUCCUUUGGCCACAUCUUCAGCAUGUUUCUUUUAACACCUGUGUACACGUGUGAACAUGCCCUAACGUGUGGAAGGUGUCCUGUGUUUUGUUUGAAUGGAAAAAGCUAUGGAUUAUCCAAAGGAGGAAUAGAAUUUCUCCUGUUUAUGCACUACGUUUCUGUGCUUCUUUUUUUCUGGAGUUCUCCUGGGGUUAGAUAUUAAUUUGACACUUUCAUGGCAGUGAAGUGAUAAUGGAGCUGUGUUAUAAACUCCUGUUAGAGGCCAGUACAGUAGCUCAUGUCCCUUCAUGCCUCUCAAUUCUGAGUGAGUGGGAGGAAAAGUGAACAUUGAAAAAGUGCUUUAGCCAAAUUCCAUAUGUAAUGCCAUUGGAAUAGUAUUGACUAAAAUAAUUUCAGUCAGGGAAACAUAGUUGUAAUAUUUUUACAGGAUUUUCUUAGGUAAAUGAAGGAGCCUUCAGUUGUAUAAAUUUCAAUUGCCCCAAAAUGUAUUUGCUACAUUUUGCUGUUGUUUGAAGUAUUACCUCUUAACCUUCUUUGUUAAUUUUUUUCAUUUUGUCUUAUAUAGUCCAGUUUUCCAAGAUAAACACAGUCUUUUUUCAAAUGUCACGUUUUUACCAAUACUUUUUCAUUAAAUUAUGAAAACUGCUA